AGUUCAAGCAAAACUGGGAGCGAGGUAACCUUGUCUCAGGGUAUAUGUGAAAAUAUUGAGGAAAUUAUCAAAGCAGGAAGUUCAUAUUCGAUCUCAGGCGUUGAUGGAAAAGUUCAUAGUGCAUCACUGUCGAUGCUGGAAAUGUUCAUAGUACGUAUGUUCAUUAUGCUAAUAAGUACAAAGGUUCAUUAUGUUAAUACGUACAUAGGUUCACUAUGCUAAUCUGUACAUAGAUUCAUUAUGUUAAUAUGUACAUGAGUUCAUUAUGUUAAUACAUACGUACAUAGGUUUAUAACGUUAAUAUGUGCAUAACAUCUUUAUGUUAACGUGUAAAUAGGUUAUUAUUCUAAUUAGUACAUAUGUUCAUUAUGCUAAUACGUAAAAAGGCUUAUGAUGUUAAUAUGUGAAUAGGUUUAUUAUGUUAAUAUCUACAUAAUAUCUUUAUGUUAAUACGUACAUAGGUUCACCAUGUUAAUACGUACAUAGGUUCACCAUGAUAAUACGUACAUAGCUUCACCAUGUUAAUAUGUACAUAGGUUCACCAUGAUAAUGCGUAUAUAGGUUCACCAUGUUAAUACGUACAUAGGCUCACCAUGUUAAUACGUACAUAGGUUCACCAUGUUAAUACGUGCAUAGGUUCACCAUGUUAAUAUGUACAUAGGUUCACCGUGAUAAUAGGUACAUAGGUUCACCGUGAUAAUAGGUACAUAUGUUCACCAUGAUAAUAGGUACAUAGGUUCACCAUGAUAAUAUGUACAUAGGUUCACCAUAUUAAUACGUACAUAGGUUCACCAUGAUAAUACGUACAUAGGUUCACCAUGAUAAUAGGUACAUAGUUUCACGAUGUUAAUACGUACAUUUAAUAGGUAAAUAUGUUCACCAUGAUAAUAGGUACAUAGGUUCACCAUGUUAAUACGUACGUAGGUUCAUAAUGUUAAUACGUACAUAGGUUCACCAUGAUAAUAGGUACAUAGGUUCACCAUGAUAAUAGGUACAUAGGUUCACCAUGGUAAUAGGUACAUAGGUUCACCAUGAUAAUAGGUACAUAGGUUCACCAUGAUAAUAGGUACAUAGGUUCACCAUGUUAAUACGUACAUACGUUCUAACAAAAAUGAAAGAAGCGUAUUUAUUUCUCUUAAUGUAGGUUUCUUGAAAAAAAAUUUUUUUUUAUCUUAUUGAAACAAACACAAAGACAACUGUAAUUUAUGCACAUUUAUUUUAGCAUUGAUUGAUAUCCUUUGCAUAUAAUUACCAUUGGGAUAGCACUCGUUGUCACUCGAAUAAUCAGACACUACUUACGGUUUUACUAUUUUCAAAAUGAUCAAAUCACAUACACUUCUGUUAUGAUCAAAUCACAUUCAGUUCUACUAUGAUCAAGUCACAUACAGUUGUGCUAUGAUCAAAUCACAUACAGUUUUGCUAUGAUGAAGUCACAUACAAUUCUGCUAUGAUCAUUUUACUAUACACCAGAAAGAAAGACGAACUCUUUCAAUAAAAGAUUGUUACGAUAAAAAAGUAUACCCCGACAACAAUAAACAUGAAUUCACAUGCCAAAUACAUGAAUUCACAUGCCAAAUACAUGAAUUCACAUGCCAAAUACAUGAAUUCACAUGCCAAAUACAUGAAUUCACAUGCCAAAUACAUGAAUUCACAUCCAACAUCGCAAAUGAAUGCACAUACCACACACUCACAUGAGUGCACAUAUAACAAAUAAAACGUGACAUAUUUCUGUGAUUUUAAAAUUAAUUAAUUUUUUAAAAUGUAAAGACUAUAUUUUAACUAAACUUUAAAAAUUUCCGAAAGCAAAUAGUGCAAUAGUGUGCUAUAUAGUGCAAUAGUGUGCUAUAAUUGGAUUCGCUUGCUAUCAGGUGCUUUGGUUGCUAAUAUGUGUUUUGGUAACUAUAAUGUGAUUCGGUAGUUGGAAUGUGCUUUGUUUCUAUUUUGUGAUAUAGUGUAGCUUUCUGAAUCGUUAAAGUAAAGUAAAGUGUCAAGUGGAACAGAGAAACAAGUCAUUUCAACGAUGGCGGACAUAGCAUGUCCGGUCAUGGUCAUCUUAAUCUUAUUGGAUAUUGCUACAGCCACGGUAAGUAAGGGAAUGUGCUUAUUCAUGUCUGUCUUGUCUUCUUAUAGUUUGAAAAUCAUAUCUGCUGUCUUGUCUUCCUAUAGUUUGAUAAUCGUGUGUGUCUUUUCUUAUUUCAGUUUGAUAAUCGUGUGUGUCUUGUAUUAUUACAGUUUGAUAAUUGUGUCUGUCUUGUCUUAUUACAGUUUGAUAAACGUGUCUGUCUUGUCUCAUUACAGUUUAAUAAUUGUGUGUGUCUUGACUUAUUACCGUUGAUAAUUGUGUGUGUCUUGUCAUAUUACAGUUUGAUAAUUUUGUCUGUCGUGUCUUAUUACAGGUUGAUAAUAGUAUCUGUCUUGUUUUAUUACAUUUUAAUAAUCAUGUGUGUAUUGUCUUAUUACAGUUUGAUCAUCGUGUGUUUCUUGUCAUAUUACAGCAGUUAGAUAAUCGUGUCUGUCUUGUCUUUUUACAUUUUGAUAAUCGUGUCUGUCAUGUCUUAUUACACUCUGAUAAUCGUGUGUGUAUUGUCUUAUUACAGUUUGAUAAUCAUGUGUGUCUCGUUUUAGUAAAAAAAAUUUGGACAUUUUUUCAGGAAUAGCAGUUUUUGACAUUUAAAUACAAAUAAAUUUAGAACAUUUCCCCAUUGAAGGAAAUUAAGGGCAUUUCCCCAUUGAAGGAAAAGUAGGACAUGAGUCUGUUGGAUAGUAUGAAAAAUGUUACCUUUAUUUAUCUUGUUAUUUAAUUUAAGUUUGUUAAAUGCAACAUGAAAUAGCAUAUUAAAUGCCACAUUAAAUACCAAAUAAAAUAAAAAUUAAAUGACACAUUAAAUGCUACACUAAAUGCCACAUUCCUCAUCCUCCUCCUCAUGUCCCUUAGUCAUUUGACCGUUGGGACGCCACAGAUGACAUGUGAACCAUCCUCCUCCAUUCCUCUCUGUCUUCUGCACUACGCACUGCAUCGCCCAGGGUUAGUCCUGUCCACUCUUUGAUGUUAUCAUUCCAUCUUUUUUCUUUGUCUUCCUCUUCUUCUCCCUCCUCUUGUGGUGCCCUGCAAUAUUUCUUUGGCCAGCCCUUUUUUCCUUGUUACGUGGCCGUAGCAUUGUAGGUUGCUUUUUUUCAUUAAAUAACACAUUAAAUGCAAAAUUAAAUGCCACAUUAAAUGUCACAUUAAAUGCCACAUUAAAUACCACUUAAAUACCAAAUUAAAUAACAGUUUAAAAGCCACAUUAAAUGCCACAUUAAACACCGUAUUAGUGUGAGAAUAAAAUUGUAUGAAAUAAAAGGUUGUAGAAUUUAAAUUAAAAAUUUGGUAAGGAGGGUGUGAUGAUUUAAGCAAGAUUGGCGCUUAAAUAAAAUUAUGGUCUACUGACAACAAGAAACCUCUAUCACCCUCAGGGACACACGACUGUCAGCACUGACAUAUUGAUUUAAACGUCAGAGACACCCGACUGCCAGCUGACAUAUUGAUUUAAGCGUCAGAGACACCCGACCGCCAGCUGUCAUAUUGAUUUAAGCGUCAGAGACACCCGACCGCCAGCUGUCAUAUUGAUUUAAACGUCAGAGACACCCGACUGCCAGCUGACAUAUUGAUUUAAACGUCAGAGACACCCAACUGCCAGCUGACGUAUUGAUUUAAACGUCAAAGACACCCGACUGCCAGCUGACGUAUUGAUUUAAACGUCAGAGACACCCGACUGCCAGCUGACAUAUUGAAUUAAACGUCAGAGACACCCGACUGCCAGCUGACAUAUUGACUUAACCCACAGAGGCACCCAACUGUCAGCAUUGACAAUUUGACUUGACUCACAGAGACACCCGACUUUCAGCACUGACAUAUUGACUUUACCCACAAAGACACCCGACUGUCAGCAUUUACAUAUUGACUUUACCCACAAAGACACCCGACUUUCAGCACUGACAUAUUGACUUUACCCACAAAGACACCCGACUGUCAGCAUUUACAUAUUGACUUUACCCACAAAGACACCCGACUUUCAGCACUGACAUAUUGACUUUACCCCCAAAGACACCCGACUGUCAGCAUUGACAUAUUGACUUAACCCAGAGAGACAUUCUACCGUCAUCACUGUCAUAUUGACUUCACCCACAUAGACAUCUGACUGUCAGCACUGAAAUAUUGACUUCACCCAGGGAGACAUCCUACCGUCAUCACUGUCAUAUUGACUUCACCCACAUAGACAUCUGACUGUCAGCACUGACAUAUUGACUUCACCCAGGGAGACAUCCUACCGUCAUCACUGUCAUAUUGACUUCACCCACAUAGACAUCUGACUGUCAGCACUGACAUAUUUACUCUCCCUACAGAGACACCAGACUGUAAGAACUGACAUAUUAACUUAACCCUCAGAGACAUCCAACUGUCAGAACUGACAUAUUGACUUCCCCCACAGAAAAACACAACUGUCAGAACUGACAUAUUGACUAAACCCACAGAGACACCCAACUGUCAGCACUGACAUAUUGACUUCACCCACAGAGGCAUCCAACUGUCAGCACUGACAUAUUGAAUUCACCCACAGAGGCAUCCAACUGUCAGCACUGACAUAUUGAAUUCACCCACAGAGACACCCGACUUCCAUCACUGACAUAUUGACUUCACCCACAGAGACACCAGACUGUUACCACUGACAUAUGGACUUCACCCUCAUGAAUAUCCGUCUGUCAACACUGACAUAUUGACUUAACCGACAGAGACAUCCGACUGUCAGCACUGACAUAUUGACUUCACCCACAGAGACACCCGACUGCCAGCACUGACAUAUUGACUUAACCGACAGAGACACCCGACUGCCAGCACUGACCUAUUGACUUCACCCACAGAGACACCCAACUGCCAGCACUGACCUAUUGACUUCACCCACAGAGACACGCGACUGCCAGCACUGACCUAUUGGCUUCACCCACAGAGACACCCGACUGCCAGCACUGACAUAUUAACUUAACCCUUAGACCGCACGUUUCAUAAUGUCACCUGGAUGCCCAGCGCGGGGAGUAGGGUAGUUUGGGAGGUUGAGCCUGGGAGUAGGGUAGUUUGGGAGGUUGAGCCUUGGAAAAGGGUAACUUUUGUAGGUGAGUCUGGGAGUAGGUUAAGUUUAGGAGGUGAGUCUGGGAGUAGGUUAAGUUUAGGAGGUGAGUCUGGGAAUAGGUUAAGUUUAGGAGGUGAGUCUGAGAGUAGGUUAAGUUUAGGAGCUGAGUCUGAGAGUAGGGUAAGUUUAUGAGGUGAGUCUGGGAGUAAGGUAAGUUUUGGGGGUGAGUCCCACUUAAUGGACACAUAAUACUGUAGUGGCUAGCAAUGGGAAUUGGCUGAAUCUAACUUAAUGUACUCAUUAUACUGUAGUGCCUAGCUCUGGGAGUAGGGUAUUUUUUGUUGGGUCCAUCGCACUGAAUGAACUCAUUAUACUGUUGUGCUCAGCAGACAGGCUAAUUUCAGACUAGACAUGCUGAUAUAAAAAUGGACAUGUUAAAGUCUUACAAGCAUGCUGAUGUCUUGCCAGCUCAGCCCCUAAAGAAUAUGCUUAAACUACUUGUAGCCGUCUGUUUGGUCCCCUACUAACGACAGAUGAUGUUUUCAAAACUCUGUUUCAGCCCAGCAUAACGUCGUUCAAGAAGGCCGCCACGGUCAGUGAGGAUGCGACGGUCAACGAAAUAUUGUCCACCAUAGUCUGCACUGACACUGACGGUGACGUCACCACGACAUCGGUCAAGUCGAUGUCUCCUACCAGUCCUUGCAGCAAGUGCUUUGAAGUUUUGAAUUGUGGAACUGGUAGGCACAGAAACACUUAAGAAUGUAGCUAAACUAAUGAACUUAGCUAACCUAUUAACAUAGCUAAACUAAUGAACAUAGCUAACCUAUUAACAUAGCUAAACUAAACAAAACUAAGUUGAUGAUUCACCUUUUGAAAGAUGUAUAUGGAAUAUCUAAAAUUAUGGAUACAGCUAACCUUAUGGAAUAUCUAAAAUGAUGGAUGUAGUUAACCGUAUCGACAUAUCAAAACUUUUUGUAUAUAAUAAACUGUUGAUAUAUCUAAACCUUUCAACAUAGCUAACCAGAUGGCUAUAUAAAGACAUGUGUACAUAGCUAACCAGAUAGCUAUAUCUAGACAUUUGUACAUAGCAAACUAAAUGGAUAUAUCUAGACAUUAGCUCCAUGGACAUAAUUUUACAGUUUUUUUAUAUAUAAGCAAUAAUAAUUUAAUCCUUUGGAUAUAGCUUAUUUAUGGAUAUAGCUUAUUUUAUGACUAUUUCAUUAUUAUCUUAACUGGCAUUGUAUGUAUAUGCAAUAUAAUUGUAUACAAUAACGAUGUAAUAUUAAUUUCUAAUUAUUUCAAUCUCCAGCAGAGUGUCUCCAGUACAGAGCAGGGGUGGGUACAAUGGAUUUCACGGUAACUCCAUUUUAUCUCAUCACCAUUUCGUGCACCGACAACAAGGAGACGCCGGUGACAGAGGUGAUUGAGGUUGCUGUCGUUCCUAACGCACCCCCUCGCUAUGAUCCAGACAAAUUGUAUGGUAGGCCUACAUCAUUUUCUUUGUCUUUCUAAGGGUUAGACACCCGACUAUCUCAGUCAUCCAUAACCCUAACCUCUCUAUGAUUCAGACAAAUUGUAUGGUAGGCCUAAAUCAUUUUCUUUGUCUUUCUAAGGGUUAGACACCUGAUUACCUAGUCAUCCCUAACCCUAACCUUGCUAUGAUCGAGACCAAUUGUAUGGUAGGCCUACACCAUUUUCUUUGUCUUUCUAAGGGUUAGACACCUGACUAUCUCAGUCAUCCCUAACCCUAACCUCUCUAUGAUUCAGACAAAUUGUAUGGUAGGCCUAAAUCAUUUUCUUUGUCUUUCUAAGGGCUAGACACCUGAUUACCUAGUCAUCCCUAACCCUAACCUUGCUAUGAUCCAGACCAAUUGUAUGGUAGGCCUACAUCAUUUUCUUUGUCUUUCUAAGGGUUAGACACCUGACUAUCUCAGUCAUCCCUAACCCUAACCAUAACGUAAGUAUUCCAUAACCUCUCUAUGAUCCAGACCAAUUGCAUGGUAGGCCUACAUCAUUUUUUUUGUCUUUCUAAGGGUUAGACACCUGACUAUCUCAGUCAUCCCUAACCCUAACCUCUCUAUGAUCCAGACAAAUUGUAUGGCAGGCCUAUAUCAUUUUCUUUGUCUAUGUAAGGAGCUGUGAUGUCAUACAUUAUAUUUUAAUUCUUUUGCAAGAACAUUCGCUUUUGAAGGAUAUUUUGUAGGAUAAAAAAUAAGAUAAAAAAUAAUAAAAUAUAAUGGACUAUUAGAAAUAAGCUGUAUGUGAAUUGAAAAGGUAAUAUGAAAAGUAUUGAUUAUUUAUACAUAAAACAUAUUGAAAAGGCGAAAACAAAUAAAACUUGUAUGUUGUCAUUAAGGUAUCAAUCCUAGUAUAAUAAAAAUUUAUAUAUUCAUGAAACAGAGAUUGAAACGAAAAGAAACAGAAAUGGAAACAGAUAUAGAAACAGACAUUGAAACAGAGAUACAAAGAUAGAAACAGAUGUAAACGGAUAGAAACAGACAUAGAAACAAAUAGAAACAAAGAUAGAAAGAAGACAGAAACGGAGACAUAAAAAAGAGGGACAUAAACAUAGAAAAAAAUAGAGAGAUAAAAAGAGAUAGAAAUCAAGAAAUUUAUAUAGAAACAGAGACACAAAGAGUUAUAGAAACAAAAAUGGAUUUUUAUUUAAAAAUAUAAUCAGGGAUAGAAACAGAGACAGAAACAGAGCUAGACAUAAGGCUAGCAACAGAGAUUGAAACAGGGAUAGAAAAAAAUAAAUAGAAACAUGAAAAGAAAUAGAAAAGAGAGGUCGAGACAAAGAUAGAAAAAUAGAUGAAACAUGGUAGUAAAGUAUUUAAAAGCAGAGAUAAAAGCAGUUAUAGAAACAUUGAAAGAGACAGAUAUAGAAACAGAUAUACAAAAAUGGCACAAAAAUGACAGUUGAUUCAACCAGUGUUCUCUCUAUAAUUUCAGUUGCCAAAAACCGUGUUUGUAUCUAUAAUAACAGUUGCCUAAACAAGUGUUUGUCUCUAUAAUUUCAGUUGAUUCAACCAGUGUUUGUCUCUAUAAUUUCAGUUGCCCAAACCAGUGUUUUCUUUAUAAUUUCAGUUGCCUAAACCAGUGUUUGUCUUAAUAAUAUCAGUUGCUUCAACCAGUGUUUGUCUCUAUAAUUUCUGUUUUCCCAACCAAAGUUUUAUCUAUAAUUUCAGUUGCCAAAACCAGUGUUUGUUUCUAUAAUAACAGUUGCUUCAAUCAUAUUUUAACUCUAUAAUUUCAGUUUCCCAAACCUGUGUUUUCUCUAUAAUUUCAGUUGCCUAAACCAGUGUUUGUUACCAUAGUUUCAGUUGCCUAAUUCAGUAUUUGUCUCUAUAAUUUAAGUUGUCUAAACCAGGAUUUGUCUCAAUAAUAACAGUUGCUUCAACCAGUGUUUGUCUCUAUAAUUUCAGUUGCCUAAACUAGUGUUUGUCUCUAUAAUUUCAGUUGCCUAAACCAGUGUUUGUUACCAUAGUUUCAGUUGCCUAAUUCAUUAUUUGUCUCUAUAAUUUAAGUUGCCUAAACCAGGAUUUGUCUCAAUAAUAACAGUUGCUUCAACCAGUGUUUGUCUCUAUAAUUUCAGUUGCCUAAACUAGUGUUUGUCUCUAUAAUAACAGUUGCUUCAACCAGUAUUUGUCUCUAUAAUUUCAGUUGCCUAAACUAGUGUUUGUCUCUAUAAUAACAGUUGCUUCAACCAGUAUUUGUCUCUAUAAUUUCAGUUGCCUAAACUAGUGUUUGUCUCUAUAAUAACCGUUGCUUCAACCAGUAUUUGUCUCUAUAAUUUCAGUUGCCCCAACCGGUGUUUUCUCUAUAAUUUCAGUUUCCUAAACCUGUGUUUGACUUUAUAAUAACAGUUUCCUAAUUCAGUGUUUGUCUUUAUAAUUUCAGUUUCCUAAAUCUGUGUUUACCAGUGUUUGUCUCUAUAAUAACAGUUGCUUCAACCAGUAUUUGUGUCUAUAAUUUCAGUUGCCAAAACCACUAUUUGUCUCUAUAAUUUCAGUUGCCUAAACCAGUGUUUGUCUCUAUAAUAACAGUUGCUUCAACCAGUAUUUGUCUCUAUAAUUUCAGUUGCCCAAACCUGUGUUUGUCUCUAUAAUAACAGUUGUCGAAAUCAGUGUUUGUCUUUAUCAUUUCAGUUGCCUAAAUCAGAGUUUGUCUUUAUGAUUUCAGUUCCCAUAACCAUCGAUUCAUCGGUAGCGGCUGGAGCACAAAUCUACGAUGUGGACUCCUUUGACCCCGAGACUGAUGACGUCACAUACACCCUCAAGGUCAUCCCAUCUUCUUCGUCCGUGAACUAUGAGAUUGACCAGCGUAAGAAGAUUUAGAUAAUUAGUCUUUCAUUUCUGCAUUACUUCUCUUUGCUCAUGUUGCUGAUUUACAUAUAAAAAUGUACAUACAUUUCCUUGCCACUUACACUGUUACAUAUGCCCCACUGUCAUCUGUAUCACACAGUAACAUGUGUGUCACUCUGUCAUCUGUAUCACCCAGUAACAUGUGUCACACUGUCAUCUGUAUCACACAGUAACAUGUGUCACACUGUCAUCUGUAUCACACAGUAACAUGUGUCACACUGUCAUCUGUAUCACACUGUCAUAUUUGUUAGACUGUUACCUGUGUUUCACUGUCCCCCGGGUCACACUGUCAACUUCGUCAAUGUCAUGUUUUUUAGACUUCCACAUGUGUCACACUGUCACGUAUGUAAAACUGUCACAUACGUCACACUGUUGAAUGUGUUACAUUAUCACCUAGAUCACACUGUCACCUGUGUCACACUGUCGGAUGUGUAACAUUAUCACCUAGAUCACAUUUAUGUUAUACUGUCAUGAUUUUUAGACGAACUCCACAUGUGUCACACUGUCAUCUAUUUUACACUGCCACCUGGAUUACACAGUCACCUGUGUCACACUGUCGCCUGUAUUACAUUAUCACCUAGAUUACACUGUCACCUGUGUCACACUGUCGCCUGUGUUACAUUAUCAAUUAGAUCACACUGUCACCUGUGUCACACUGUCGUCUGUUUCGAAAAUCAAGAUUACCUUUCUCCCUACAUAAUAUUUAAUUUGCCAAAAAUAAAUAGUACCCUUGUCAGAGAAACUUUAUGGUUUGACAAUACUGUCACUUAUAACUAUGAAAUAGUGAAACGAGGUAUGUGGAAGCUUGAAGCAGUCCCUUCAUUUAUUUUUUUCACUUAUAACUGUGCUUUUGUCACAGUGACAAUACUGUCACUUAUAACUGUGCUUUUGUCACAGUGACAAUACUGUCACUUAUAACUGUGCUUUUGUCACAGUGACAAUACUGUCACUUAUAACUGUGUUGGAGGUUAAAAAACGUGUUUCUUUGGGGGACUAGAAUUAGCUUUAUAAGCAGAGUCAUUAUCUGUAUAAGCAAAAGUCCCUCUUGUCUACCUCUAACAAAAGUCCCCUUUGGUCUAUUUCUAACAAAAGUCCCUUUGAUCUAUUUAUAACAAAAGUCCCUUUGGUCUAUUUAUAACAAAAGUCCCUUUGGUCUAUUUAUAACACAAUUCCAUCUUGUCUAUCCUGUAACAAAAGGUCAUCUUAUUUGUCUAUCCUCUAACAAAAGUCCCUCUUGCCUAUCAUCUAACAAAAGUCUCUCUUGCCUAUCAUCUAACAAAAGUCCCUCUUGCCUAUCAUCUAACAAAAUUCCCUCUUGCCUAUCAUCUAACAAAAGUCCCUCUUGCCUAUCAUCUAACAAAAGUCCCUCUUGCCUAUUCUCUAACAAAAUUCCCUCUUGCCUAUCAUCUAACAAAAGUCUCUCUUGCCUAUCCUCUAACAAAAUUCCCUCUUGCCUAUCCUAUAACAAAAGUCCAUCUUACCUAUCAUCUAACAGAAGUCCCUCUUGCCUAUCAUCUAACAAAAGUCCCUCUUGCCUAUCAUCUAACAAAAGUCUCUCUUGCCUAUCAUCUAACAAAAGUCCCUCUUGCCUAUCAUCUAACAAAAUUCCCUCUUGCCUAUCAUCUAACAAAAGUCCCUCUUGCCUAUCAUCUAACAAAAGUCCCUCUUGCCUAUUCUCUAACAAAAUUCCCUCUUGCCUAUCAUCUAACAAAAGUCUCUCUUGCCUAUCCUCUAACAAAAUUCCCUCUUGCCUAUCCUAUAACAAAAGUCCCUCUUGCCUAUCCUCUAACAAAAGUUCCUCUUCUCUGCUAGAUACGGGUAUUAUUAAAACAACGGUCCCUAUGAAGAAGGAGUGCACUAAUGACGUCACAUUCCAGGUGACAAUGACUGAUGGAAAGAACACGGUUGGACCUCUGGUGAUUGACAAUUCCAUAUCAUGUAAGUGGAUUUGAUUUUAUAGUUUACAUUUAUGCCAUGUCAUAAUGGCCGUCAAUGACGUGGCCCCUACCUCGUUACGGACAAUAAACAGAACGUUAUGUAGUGCAAACCUUCAUGACAAUAAACAGAACGUUAUGUAGUGCAAACCUUCAUGACAAUAAACAGAACGUUAUGUAGUGCAAACCUUCAUGACAAUAAACAUAUCGUUAUGUAGUGAAAAUCCUUACGAUAAUAAAAAUUAAUGUUAUUUUGUGCAAACCUACAUGACAAUCAACACAGUAUUACGUGGUGCUAACCUUCAUAACAAUAAACACAAAAUUAUGUAGUGCAAACCAUUAUGAAAAAAACAUAAUGUUUCGUAGUGCAAGCCUUCAGGACAAUUAACAUAGCGUUAUGUGGUGCAAAAAUUCAUCUUUUAUAACUAUUCAAUCUGUAUGUUUUACUGUGAUCAGUCAACAUAAUGAAUUUCAUAGUAAACUAUUGUCUCCCCAAAUCUAGAUGCGAACGUCGCCCCUGUCGCUACCAACCUUGACGCCACUGUCCAGAUACCCGAGGACGCCACUGGAACUGCUUACAAAAUGGUCAUGAAAGAUGGUAAUGGUGACGCAAUAUCUUACACAGUGACAACAUCAAAUCCAGCUGGACUGGCCCAGUACAAGAUGGACGGUCAGUACAGGUCAACGUAGAAUGUUUGAUCUUUUAUCAACAAACACUGUUGGAUUAUCACUGUUCAAGAUGGAAUGUCAGUUAUUUAGCUCUUGGUAUGUCUGAUACAAAAUGAAGGUCAGUUAGAUUUAGGAGUGUGUCUGCUUGGAACAAAAGGAAGGUCAGUUAGAUUUGGGAGUGUGUCUGCUUGGAACAAAAGGAAGGUCAGAUAGAUUUGGGAGUGUCUAUGCUUGAAACAAAGGGAAGGUCAGUUAGAUUUGGGAGUGUGUCUGCUUGGAACAAAAGGAAGGUCAGUUAGAUUUGGGAGUGUGUAUGUUUGGAACAAAAGGAAGGGCAGUUAGAUUUGGGAGUGUGUCUGCUUGGAACAAAAGGAAGGUCAGUUAGAUUUGGGAGUGUGUCUGCUUGGAACAAAAGGAAGGUCAGUUAGAUUUGGGAGUGUGAAUGCUUGGAACAAAGGGAAGGUCAGUUAGAUUUGGGAGUGUGUCUGCUUGGAACAAAAGGAAGGUCAGUUAGAUUUGGGAGUGUGUCUGUUUGGAACAAAAGGAAGGUCAGUUAGAUUUUGGGACAGUGUAUGUUUCUAACAAAAGUAAUCUCAAUAUAAUUUAGACGACAAGCUGAAUAUAGAUUCAGUUGCAAAGUUGUUACAAUUGAGAUGACCAGUUGAAUAUAGAUUUAGUUGUAACGUUGUUACAAUUGAGACGACCAGUUGAAUAUAUUUAUUUUAGGUGUAACGUUGUUAUAAUUGAGAGUUACAUGCUUACAUAAGCGCUCAGUUCCAUGGGGAUGUUGCUUUUGACACUAUUUAUACCUAUAAUAUUUAUAUUGUAUAGUAUUUGAUAUGUAUCUCAUAGAUUAUAUUAUUUAUAAUUUAUAGAUGCCUCUUAUAACCUAUAGUAUUUGUAUUGUAUAGUAUUUUAUGUUUAGAACUAAAAUAUUUCUAUUGUAAUAUUUAAUGCGGUAUUUAUAGCGUUUAAUGCAUGUUUAACAAUAAAUAAUACUUUUUUUUAAAUAUUUGAUAUAUUUCUAAUAAAGUAUACUAUUUCUAUUGCAAUACUUAAUAUGUGUCUUAUAACAUGUAUUUUUUCUAUUGUAAUACUUAAUAUAUGACUUAUAGCAUAAAGUAUUUCUACUUUAAUACUCGAUAUGGGUCUUAUUUCAUAUAAUAUUUCUAUUGUAAUACUUAAUAUGAGUAUUAUAACAUACAAUAUUGUUAUAUUUAAUGUGUCUUAUAACAUAUAGUAUUUCCAUUGUAAUAUUUAAUGUGUGUAUUUUAAUCUGUAAGUAAACCGGCAGUAAUAUUUCCAUUCUAUUAUACUGCUACAAUCCAGGCAAGAGUCGCAACAUUGACAUUGUAUCAGCCUUGGACUACGAGAAAUCAGCUCUGAGGAUAACAGAUACCAUCAUCCAAGUAACAGAUGGAUAUUGUACUUCUCCACCGUACACACUGAGGCUAGAGGUAAGUUGGACAUUGCACGCUAAGGCUAGAGGUAUGUUGUUCAUUGCACAGUACACACUCAGGCUAGAAGUAAGUUGGACAUUGCACAGUAUACACUCAUACUAGAGGUAAUUUGGACAUUGCACAGAGACUAGAGGUAAGUUGGACAUUGCAAAGUGCACACUCAGACUAGAGGUAAGUUGGACAUUGCAAAGUGCACACUCAGGCUAGAGGUAAGUUGCUUAUUGCACAGUACACACUCAGACUAGAGGUAAGUUGGACAUUGCAAAGUGCACACUCAGGCUAGAGGUAAGUUGCACAUUGCACAGUACACACUCAGGCUAGAGGUAAGUUGCACAUUGGUUCACACCAUUUUUUAGUCCAAGGUCAAGGACUUAAUCAAAUGAAGAAACUGAUUCUUUGACAAGUUCAUUUAAAAAAAAGUAAUUGAAUGUUAAAAUAAAAUCAAUAAUUUAUUACCAACAUACAACGUACAUCACUUGUAUCCUAAAAAUAGUUUUUAGGCUAGAAUAUCAUUCCAUAAUAGGCUGACAUAUUUUAAAUAACCAUAGUAUUGUAGAUAUCUACAAGCCAUACUCGAUCUUUUGAGAAGCUUCGUAGAACAGAUAUAAUGGAAACCUUACCCUUGCCGAAAAUAGUUCACACCAAAGUUAGAGAGUAUUCGAGCCUCAUUGACAAGGUCCCCGCAUUCGCCAUUCAGGUCGUUGAUCAAUUGAGUUCGACAAACGAUAUUUGCACCUUUAUUUUCUGUAUAGCUGACCCUUUCAGUCGUGGGUCGAAUUGGCGUUAAAUAUUUGUGUACGCGGCUGUGUGUAAGAGACGAAUCAGAUUUCGGGGAGUGUCUCUUUGGUCAGAGCUUCUCAAAUUAUAUUAUUAUAUACAGAGUUAAAAUUGAUGUCUGUGUACACAAUUGUUUACUAUCUUGGAGAGAGGAUGUUAAUAAUGAACAUCAAAGAUAUUUUCAGUAUGAAUGUCUCUAACAAUCGGUUCAAAUCCCAAUAUUUAACCAGCAAUAUUCGAAUAAGUUGUAUUCUUUUUGACCAGGUGACAGAUGUCAAUGAACCACCAACAAUCUCCCCAAUAGUCGCCUACGUUCAAGUCUGUGAAGGAAUGGUAAGAAUAAUUAUUGCAGACGUGAAGCCCGUCUCAACUAAAUUAUUAGAACCAUUCUAUUUCAUCAACUGUGAAGUAUUCUCGAACUCAGCGGUGCCCCACCUUUUGUUUUACACAAAUAUCCCUGAUAAAUACUUUUCAUGUAUAAGUACACCAUCCCCCUUUUCAAGUACCCCCCACUCAGGCCUAAAACAUAUUAAAAUAUGAAUAUUAGCUAAAUAAUUAAAUGUCGCAUAUAAGGCUGAUGAAACUAUUGAGUAAAUAAUUAAAUGUCGCAUAUAAGGCUGAUGAAAUUGAGUAAAUAAUUAAAUUUUGCAUAUAAAGCUGAUGAAAUUGAGUAAGUCAUUAAAAUUCGCAUAUAAAACUGAUGAAACUAAUGAGUAAAUAAUUAAAUUUCGCAUACAAAGCUGAUGAAAUUGAGUAAAUAAUUACAUUUUGCAUAUAAAGCUGAUGAAAUUGAGUAAUUAAAUGUUGCAUAUAAAGCUGAUGAAAUAAUUAACUAAGUAAUUACAUUUCACAAAUAAAGCUAAUGAAAUUACUGAGUAAAUAAUGAAAUGUCAUUUUAAAAUUAUUUCAGUUUCUAGUUGUACAAAUAAUGAAACAUUUUUAAAAUCCAAAAAAUUAGCAAAGCAAUAAAAUAAAUAUCCCAUGAAACUAGAAAAUAUAAAUAAACUAUUUGUAACGUAACCCCAGGAGUACGUUUACCCCAGCUUGGGAACCGCGACUCUAAACCAAUUACAAUGUUCAAUAAAUUCUUAUUUACUAUAUUAUCUCAAUGUCCUCUAGAUGGUUCUAACCUACAUAUUAAUGUUCUCAAUAUGCUUUUAUAUAACAUACCAAUGUUUUCUAAAUGCUUCUAUAUAACAUAUCAAUGUUUUCUAAAUGCUUCAAUAUAACAUACCAAUGUUUUCUAAAUGCUUCUAUAUAACAUACCAAUGUUUUCUAAAUGCUUCUAUAUAACAUACCAAUGUUUUCUACAUGCUUCUAUAUAACAUACCAAUGUUUUCUAAAUGCUUCUAUAUAACAUACCAAUGUUUGCAAGAGUCUAGAUGCUUCUUUACAACAUCUAAAUGUUCUCUAAAUGCUUUUAUACAAUAUAGCAAUGGCCAAUCGAUACUUCUAUACAACAUUUCAAUGUCCUCAGCAAGAAAUCAACUGUGGAUUCAGCGUCCUUGACCCCGACGCAGUGGACACACAGACAUGGACCUAUCAUUCAACUAAUGCCAACGUUAGGGGCCACUUCGGCAUUGAUGAGAACACGGGCCUCAUAAAGACAUUACUUGACUACGAGGCUGACCAGCCAACUCCAUUGGCCAGUCCUAAGACCUUAAAUGUGGUGGUCAGUAUCCUGACUUAUAGUUCAUAAUCCUAGAUUCAUAUACUUAGUCUUUAUGGGUCAUAAUCCUAAUAUCAUGAACUAGUUUAUUUGGGUUAGUGCUGUGAGCUUUGGUUAAACUUGUACAUAUCAUGACCUAAUGCACUUGAGUCAAUGUUGUGAGCUGGCUAAGCGGGAAAUAUCAUGAACUGGUGUAUUUGGGUCAGUGCUGUGAGCUUUGGUUACACUUGUAAUAUCAUAAACUAGUGUAUUUGGGUCAGUGCUGUGAACUUCGGUCAAAUGAACUUUGGAUAUCAGGUUAAUGUGACUUUUGUUUAUCCAGUUAUUUAUCAUGACUUAUAGUAAAACAGAUCAUGUGACUGAUUUGCUUGCUUGGAUGCUGUUGGGUGUAAACAUUUACUGGCUCAGUCGCUUGACCAAAUAAUAACUUCUUUUUUAAAAAUCUGAGUCACCUAAUAUGAGAGUCAUGUGUGACUUUUUGAGUCAUGCUUUGUAUGGCUUAAGCUGGGGCUUUGGGUACUAGCAUGGCCCUAGCUGCUGAUCUGCCUUCUAGCAUGGCCCUAGCUGCUGAUUUGCCUUCUAGCAUGGCCCUAGCUGCUGAUUUGCCUUCUAGCAUGGCCCUAGCUGCUGAUUUGCCUUCUAGCAUGGCCCUAGCUGCUGAUCUGCCUUCUAGCAUGGCCCUAGCUGCUGAUCUGCCUUCUAGCAUGGCCCUAGCUGCUGAUCUGCCUUCUAGCAUGGCCCCUAGCUUCUGAUCUGCCUAAUAGCAUGGCCCUAGCUUCUGAUCUGCCUACUAGCAUGGCCCAGACCAGGGUACUGCCUAUUAGCAUGGCCCUAGCUUUUAAUCUGCCUACUAGCAUGGCAUGAAAUUAUUAUUAUUAUUACUCUAGCAUGGCCCAGGCCAUGGCUCUGCCUACUAGAAACAACAUCUUGUCUUCUAAAGAUAAUUGGAUGUUGUAAAAACAUAAUUGGUGGAUUUUAUAAUUGCUACCUCUUUCUUUCUUGAUCAGGUGACAGACAAAGGGGGGCUGACCGCUACAGCUACUUGUAUAAUAACAUUUGUGGACUGCAAUGACAACGCCCCUGUAUUUGAGGCUGUGCAGACGUACACCGCAGCAGCCACAGAAUGCACUCCAGCAGGUGAGUGACAUCACUAACACAAAGUUUUUUUACACAAGAAAACGAACUUUCUGUAACACAUCAGUGAGAUAUAACGCUGAAUUUUGUAACAGUUGUAACACAGUAAAAUGUAAACGCUUGAAUUUUGUAUACAUGUAUUUUAAACUAAACAACACUUAGUGAUCAAAUCCUAAAACUAGCAAUUGUGCAAACUCUCCAGGUACCAAACUGCUGACCAUCACAGCUACAGAUAAAGACUCGGCACGGGAAGGGAACAAUGUCUUGUAUUAUGAGUGAGUUAUUCUGUUGUAUGCUGUAUUUUGUUGUGUUAUUAGUGAGUUACUAUGUUGUGUGCUGUAGUUUGUUGAGUUAUGAUUGAGUUACUAUUUUUAGGCUGUAGUUCAAAGAGUUAUUAGUGAGUUAAUGUGUUGUAUGCUGAAUUUUUUUGAGUUUUUGAUGCCACAUUUGGUUUGUCACAGCUUAGAUGAUGGUAGUAUGAGGUAUAGCGCGUUGCGUACAAAGUAGUAUUGGUGUUGGUUGAUGCAGGGGUUGCUCCUCUCUGUGAAGGUUCAGUGUCCAGACGUUGAGGACAUACAACGAAGACAACACAUACUUCAAAGAAUGACCAAUACAUUCUUCAUAAACAAUUAUCAACAAAGAAUGUAUUAAUAGAUCCAAUACAGCCUAACAAUAUUCCCUUUCACCGUUAACAUCCAUUGGUCUUUAACGCUUUCCAAAACAUUCAGUAAUCUUCCACGCUCCUUAAUCUCAAAAACUUUUUUUUUCUCCUCUCCCGGAAAUCGUCCCACACCCAUUCAAAAUCCAGCUAACGUGGUGUAACCCAUGGGAAAACCUGAACAAAAUAGCAUUAUUACUCAUAUGAAUAUGCAAUGGAGCGCCAUUGUUACACCCUGCCCUGGUCAUUUGUGACAUGGUUGAGGGAUGAAUGUGUUAUGAUGUUAUAUACUGUAUUUUGUUGAGUUGCGAGUGAGCUCUUCAGCUGUAUAUUGUGUUGAGUUAGUUCAGGUUUAUGUUUGUUUUAUAAUGGACUAUCUUAGUAUAUUGUAUUUUGAGUAAGUAGAUCUAAUGUCUGUUGUAUUGUGAAUGAAUAUAUCAAUGGUUUGUUGUAUUGAGUUGUGUUAUGAGUUAUUUUCUUAAUAAUUUUAUGUUUCAUCAUUUACUAUUAUGUUGUAUAUGUAGUGAAUAGGUCAUUAGUAAAUUGCAUUAUGAUUGAAUUGCUCAUUUGUGUUAAACAUUAUGCUUUUAGUAAGGGAUUAAUUUAGUUGUAUUUUGGGUUGUGAGUGCGUAAUUUAGUUGUAUGCGAUGUUGGAUUGUUUUGUGUGAGAGUAAUUUAGUUGUAUCUUGUUUUAUGUAGUUUUGUGAGAAAAACUAGAUAUAAUGUGUCUCUAUAUAUCAAUUGAGAUGCCCAAACUCACUACACAAGUUAGUUUCAAAUGAUACUAUGCACCAGGAAGGAAGUAGCCUAAGUUUAUAACUCAGACAUAGAUGAAGAUAAAUUAUGACCGAUUGAGGAAAACAAAUGACUUUCUAUACAUUUCGGGAAAUUAUUUACCGUGAGGAAAAUUAUAUUGUAGAUUCUCUAGUUAAACCAUAUUUUAACUUUAAAUUUAAUAGAGAUCUUUUUCAAGACCCAUUCUACAUUAAUAAGUUAUUGAGGGUAAACUCUAUUCUAGUUAAAAGUUCUAAUUCAAUAUUUUUCAUGAACUAUUUUCCAGCUAAUAUCUAUUUCCAUUUUUUCAAAGCUCUGUUCAAAAGCAAUAAUUAAUUAAGAAUUAAAAUACUAAAAUGACUUUCCGAAUUAUUUCUCAGAGGUUCUGGCGGUUCUGUCAGCGUCGGUACAGGAGGGGAAGUAGUCGUAAACCAAGCAAUGCCUGCCGGCACGGUCGUAACGUUCUACGCUUACGCCUACGACAGGGGUCAAACCCCAGGUCCGUUGAGAAGCAAAAGUCCGGCCGUAGUCAGCGUCCGUUUUACCGUAAGUCAGUUGCUGUUGUGCAUGUGUGUCAUUCUAGGUGUAGGUAUUCUUUUUAUUACCGGUGUGACAUUCUAGGAGUAGGUAUUCUUUUUAUUACCGGUGUGUCAUUCUAGGUGUAGGUAUUCUUUUUAUUACCGGUGUGACAUUCUAGGAGUAGGUAUUCUUUUUAUUACCGGUGUGACAUUCUAGGAGUAGGUAUUCUUUUUAUUACCGGUGUGACAUUCUAGGAUUAGGUAUUGUUUGUAUUACAGGUGAUAUUCUAUAAGUAGGUAUUCUUUGUAUUACAGGUGAUAUUCUAGGAGUAGGUAUACUUUGUAUUACAGGUGAUAUUCUAGGAGUAGGUAUACUUUGUAUUACAGGUGUUAUUCUAGGAGUAGGUAUUCUGUGUAUUACAGGCGGGCCAUUCUAGAAGUAGGACUUCUUUGUCUUGAAGGUGUGAGUUCUACCUAAGCCAGGGGUUCUUAAACCAGGAGUGCAGCACUUUCGUCGAAACAUUUUCUUUGGCACAAAUGUUGUCACCCACAUUUCAGGACACUGCCAUAAAAAAAAGUAACGCUGUAAAGGGACACAAUUUACCAACGGUUUCUUGUUCUAAGUAUUUUCUUCUAGAGAAAUAUAACAAAAAUGUAAAAAAAAAAUAUAAAAAAAUUGAAAGUUAUAUUAAAAUACAGUAUUUGUUUGACAGCCUUGUCCUACGACACAGCCACCAUCUGCAGUAGUAACGACAGCUGCUCCCACAACGACCACUUCGACGACAACGGCAGCACCAGUUCAAAAAGGGGAGGUAAAUCGUACACACUUCACUCAUUUUUUUUGUGAAUUUUGGCUAAAUUAAGUCCCAUUGAUAUUAAAGACGUGCAGGCAAAAUAUUAUACUUAUAUAAGAAUAUAAUGAUGGUGAUACGACAUAUACACUUUUACAAUACUAAAUAUAUUGACAGUAAUAUGAUGGAUAGACUUAACAAUACUAGCACAUGGCAUACAAUAGGAUCUCUAAGAGCUAUCUGAUAAAGAUGGACAUAGACACUGCUAGACUAAGUAAGUUGAAAUGAACAUUUUAAAGUCGAGGUCCAUUUGAUAAAGCUGGACAUUGUCCACUUUAGGCCCAAAUGAUAAAGCUAGACGUUGUAAUUGGUAGGUCAAACUGAUAAAGAUAGACAUUGAAAUUGCUAGGCGCAACUGAUAAAGCUAGAAAUCGAUAUUGCUAGGCUUAUCAGAUAAAAGCUGGCCUGCACAAUAUAUGACCCGUGGGCCGCAUGAGGCCCGCUAAUACCUUCUUUGCGACCCGCGAAUUAAAGAAAUACUCUUUAUUAUUACUAUUUUCUUAAUAGCUAUGCCCCGUCCUAUCUGCUUUCCACCCGCACAAGUCUCUUAUAAAGUAUUACGGCCCGCCUCAUAUUUUAAGUUGUGCAGCUCUGAGAUUAAGAAUAUGGCAAACUGCUGACCACAGGGGUAAGAUGUAUGAUGAAAGAAAAAUCAAAUUUAGCAUCAAUCUAACUAUUGUGUCCUCGUCUGAUGGACAUGUCAUGGACAAUAUUUCAAUUGAUUCUAUAAAGAUAGUGCUUAUUUCAGUUGUAGUUUUCAUCAUAUAAGACACUUUGUACCAGAGUAACACACUGUGCCAGGUAUGAAACUCUGUGCCAGGUAUGACAAGUUGUACUAGUUAUGAAACACUGUGCCAGGUAUGACAAGUUGUACUAGUUAUAAAACACUGUCCCAGGUAUGACAAGUUUUACUAGUUAUAAAACACUGUGCCAGGUAUGAAACACUGUGCCAGGUAUGAAACUCUGUACCAGGUAUGACAAGUUGUACUAGUUAUGAAACACUGUGCCAGGUAUGACAAGUUGUACUAGUUAUAAAACACUGUGCCAGUUAUGACAAGUUGUACUAGUUAUGAAACACUGUGCCAGGUAUGAAACACUGUGACAGGUAUGAAACACUGUGCCAGGUAUGAAACACUAUGCCAGGUAUGAAACACUGUGCCAGGUAUGAAACACUGUGACAGGUAUGAAACACUGUGCCAGGUAUAAAACACUGUGCCAGGUAUGAAACACUGUGCCAGGUAUGAAACACUGUGCCAGGUAUAAAACACUGUGCCAGGUAUAAAACACUGUGCCAGGUAUUAAACACUGUGCUAGGUAUGAAACACUGUGCCAGUUAUGACAAGUUGUACUAGUUAUAUAGGUAUGAAACACUGUGCCAGGUAUGAAACACUGUGCCAGGUAUGAAACACUGUGCCAGGUAUGAAACACUGUGCCAGGUAUGAAACACUGUGCCAGGUAUGAAACACUGUGCCAGGUAUGAAACACUGUGCCAGGUAUGAAACACAGUGCCAGGUAUGAAACACUGUGCCAGGUAUAAAACACUGUAUCAGGUAUAAAACACUGUGCCAGUUAUAAAACACUGUCCCAGGUAUGAAACACUGUGCCAGGUAUGACAAGUUGUAGUAGUUAUAAAACACUGUGCCAGGUAUAAAACAUUUUGCCAGGUAUGAAACACUGUUCCAGGUAUGAAACACUGUGCCAGGUAUGACAAGUUGUACUAGGUAUAAAACACUGUGCCAGGUAUAAAACACUGUGCCAGGUAUGAAACACCGUUCCAGGUAUGGCAAGUUCUACUAGUUAUAAAACACUGUCUCAGGUAUAAAACACUGCGCCAGGUAUAAAAAACUUUGCCAGGUAUGAAACACUGUGCCAGGUAUGAAACACUGUGCCAGGUAUGAAACACUGUGACAGGUAUGAAACACUGUGCCAGGUAUAAAACACUCUGCCAGGUAUGAAACAUUGUGCCAGGUAUGAAACACUGUGGCAGGUAUAAAACACUGUACCAGGUAUAAAACACUGUGCCAGGUAUGAAACACUGUGCCAGGUAUGAAGCACUGUGCCAGUUAUGACAAGUUGUACUAGUUAUAAAACACUGUGCCAGGUAUGAAACACUGUGCCAGGUAUAAAACACUGUGCCAGGUAUGAAACACUGUGCCAGGUAUGAAAUACUGUGCGAGGUAUGAAACACUGUGCCAGGUAUAAAACACUGUGCCAGGUAUAAAACGCUUUACCAGGUAUAAAACACUGUGCCAGGUAUAAAAAACUGUGCCAGGUAUGAAAAACUGUGCCAGGUAUGACAAGUUGUACUAGUUAUAAAACACUGUGCCAGGUAUAAAACACUUUGCCAGGUAUGAAACACUGUGCCAGGUAUGAAACACUGUGCCAGGUAUAAAACAUUUUGCCAGGUAUGAAACACUGUUCCAGGUAUGAAACUCUGUGCCAGGUAUGACAAGUUGUACUAGGUAUAAAACACUGUGCCAGGUAUAAAACACUGUGCCAGGUAUGAAACACCGUUCCAGGUAUGGCAAGUUCUACUAGUUAUAAAACACUGUCCCAGGUAUAAAACACUGCGCCAGGUAUAAAAAACUGUGCCAGGUAUGUAACAUUGUGCCAGGUAUGAAACACUGUGCCAGGUAUAAAACACUGUGCCAGGUAUAAAACACUGUGCCAGGUAUUAAACACUGUGCUAGGUAUGAAACACUGUGCCAGUUAUGACAAGUUGUACUAGUUAUAAAACACUGUGCCAGGUAUGAAACACUGUGCCAGGUAUAAAACACUGUGUCAGGUAUAAAACACUGUGUCAGGUAUAAAACACUGUGUCAGGUAUAAAACACUGUGUCAGGUAUAAAACACUGUGCCAGGUAUGAAACACCGUGCCAGGUAUGACAAGUUGUACUAGUUAUAAAACACUGUGCCAGGUAUGAAACACUGUGGCAGGUAUGACAUGUUGUACUAGGUAUAAAACACUGUGCCAGGUAUGAAACACUGUGCCAGGUAUGAAACACCGUGCCAGGUAUGACAAGUUGUACUAGUUAUAAAACACUGUUCCAGGUAUAAAACACUGUGUCAGGUAUAAAAUACUGUGCCAGGUAUAAAACAGUGUGCCAGGUAUAAAACACUGUGCCAAAUAUGAAACACCGUGCCAGGUAUGACAAGUUGUACUAGUUGUAAAACACUAUGCCAGGUAUAAAACACUGUGCCAGGUAUAAAACACUGUGCCAGAUAUAAAACACUGUGCCAGGUAUAAAACACUUUGCCAGGUAUAAAACACUGUGCCAGGUAUAAAACAUUGUGCAAGGUAUAAAACACCGUGUCAGGUAUAAAACACUGUGCCAGGUAUAAAACACUGUGCCAGGUAUGAAACACUGUGCCAGGUAUAAAACACUGUGUCAAGUAUAAAACACUGUGCCAGGUAUGAAGCACUGUGUCAGGUAUGACACUUUGUGUCUGGUUCGAGUUGAAAAAAACCUAAUGUAAACGCCAUUAAAGAAGUUAUUUCAUAUUUAGAUUAUUAUUUUAAAAAAACUUUCGGUUUUUUCGUGGUCAUGUCCCUCAUAGGAUAACUUGGCCUGGAUCAUCAUUGCUGCCCUCCUGGGGACGGCCAUGCUGGCGCUACUCACGUUUAUGUUAUGGCGCUACGGAAACCUUUGCUUGCAUGCUUGUGGGAACUUCAACUGUCAAAAACGCUGCUGUGUGACGCAGUCGAGAGUAAAGAGGUCAGAGGUCAUUACUUUUAAUAGUUUGAAUUCUUAGUAAAACGUUGAUUUUAAAGUCUACUAUUUAUACUGUUAGUUUUAGAGUUGAAUUUGUUAUUUCAGUAUAACAAAUGUUUUUAACCACCCAAAAAAAGAUUAAUUUAUACCUUGAACCCGAACUGAAUUGUAACUUUUAGCUACUCACAUCACAUUUUAACAUUGUAGGCAAACUGAAUUGUAACUUUUAGCUACUCACAUCACAUUUUAACAUUGUAGGCAAACUGAAUUGUAACUUUUAGCUAAUCACAUCACAUUUUAACAUUUUAGGCAAACUGAAUUGUAACUUUUAGCUAAUCACAUCACAUUUUAACAUUGUAGGCAAACUGAAUUGUAACUUUUAGCUACUCACAUCACAUUUUAACAUUGUAGACAAACUGAAUUGUAACUUUUAGCUACUCACAUCACAUUUUAACAUUGUAGGCAAACUGAAUUGUAACUUUUAGCUACUCACAUCACAUUUUAACAUUGUAGGCAAACUGAAUUGUAACUUUUAGCUACUCACAUCACAUUUUAACAUUGUAGGCAAACUGAAUUGUAACUUUUAGCUAAUCACAUCACGUUUAUACAUUGUAGGCAAACUGAAUUGUAACUUUUAGCUACUCACAUCACAUUUUAACAUUGUAGGCAAACUGAAUUGUAACUUUUAGCUAAUCACAUCACGUUUAUACAUUGUAGGCAUACUGAAUUGUAGCUUUAAGCUAAUCACAUCACGUUUAUACAUUGUAACCGAAAUUUAUUGUAUCUUUUAGCUACUCACAUCAUAUUUAUACAUUGUUGCCGACGUGGACUGUAAAUUUUAGCUACUCACAUCACAUUUAUCCAUUGAAGCCGAACAAAAUUUUACUUUUCAGCUACUCACACCAAUGGUUUAUGCACAGGUAGGGGACUUAAUGGGAUUCAAUUUAGCCAAGAUUCACAAACAUCUCAUUGAAAUGUGUAACAGUAAUAUCACAAUAUUCCCAAUUUACAUACAGCUAUGUUUACCACUAAAACAAAAGAAAUAUUUAAAACAAAGUAUUUUUAACGAAUUAAUUUUUUGUGAACGAUUCCAUUUCAUAAUCGAUUACUCCGACUUUGCAACCAUAGGUGGUAUAACAUAAAGAUAACAUCUUGAUUUCAGAUCCUGUCAUCUUUUGUUCAGAUCGUGUCAUCUUGAGUUCAUAUCUGGACAUCUUAAGUUCAAAUCUUGUCGUUUUGAAUUCAGAAUUAGUGAUAGUAUAUUUAUUGAUAUUAAUUUUUUAUGUUUAAAAUUCCUUUUUUAAUCUCAAUAAAAGAGUGCAUGUAUGUACACAAAAUAUUUAAAAAAACACGUACUUUUCUAUUUAUGUUAAAGUUAUCUUCUUUUUUCUACAGACUUGUAACACCAAAAAUUGAGAGAAGAGCUCCAGCCAAGAGAGCUCCAAGUCCUCUUGUAGAACCAGAGUAAGCCAAAAUCUAAAUACAAUCAUAUUUACAAUAUUUGAGCAAAUGUAUGUGAACAAGUGCACCAUUAUUGUAUGGUACCACUAACCAAUUACAGAUACAUGGUAUUGAAAGUAAUUCAUCUUGGUACAAUAAAUAUGUAGAGUUGUUACAAAAUGACAUAUGUGGAGCUUAGGAGAAAACCUGAGUUAUAAGUAUUAUAUUUAGAGUGUAAAUGGCAUGCCUAAGUGAGAGGUAUAUGAUUUAUAGUUUAUUUUACUUGCUUAAAUGACAGGUAUUUUAUUUAAUACUUUGCAUCAAUAUUCGUUCUACCUAAUGUGAUAAUUAAAUUACUAUUGGCAAAAACGUCUAGCUAUAAGUUGGUUGUAAACUGUGUACACUUUAGAGGUGACACGCAUGAGGAACUUUAUUUGAGAAAACAGAUUCGAGACAUGAGUUUUGAGUUUUUUUAACUUGAGACAUAAGAAUUGAUGCACAAGUCCUGAUAAAUUAGACUUAAGACACUAGAUAUUAAACUUGAGAUAUUGGACUUGAGAUAUUAAGCCUGAGACAGUGGACUUAAGAUAUUAGGCUUGAGACAUUUGAAGUUAGUCAUUAGAAAUAACUUGAAGCUAAACUGAUUACAUUAUUUUUUUUCCAUAUUAGACUUGAGACUAAAAGUUUGUGUCAUGAGACAUUAUACUUCAAAUUAAACACUUCAACAUAUAUUGAGAAUUUAUAUUUUAGAAUUGAACACCUUCUCAAUUAUUCAUGCUUUAUACUUGAGUUAAUCAUCUUCUCAUAUAGUGAUGCUUUAUACUUAGAGUUAAUCUUCUCCUCAAAUAUUAACAGAGAAAAGGAACCAGAGCCAAAAGGUCCUGGAUUUAUAUUUGGGUUUUGGAAGGAAAGUAAGUAACUUUGUGUUGGAAGGAUAGUAAGUAACUUUGUGUUGGAAGGAAAGUAAAUAACUUUGUGUUGGAAGGAAGGUAAGUAAUUUUGUGUUGGAAGGAAAGUAAGUAACUUUGUGUUGGAAGGAAAGUAAGUAACUUUGUAUUGGAAGGAAAGUAAGUAAAUUGUGUUGGAAGGAAAGUAAGUAACUUUGUGUUGGAAGGAAAGUAAGUAACUUUGUGUUGGAAGGAAAGUAAGUAACUUUGUGUUGGAAGGAAAGUAAGUAACUUUGUGUUGGAAGGAAAGUAAGUAACUUUGUGUUGGAAGGAAAGUAAGUAACUUUGUGUUGGAAGGAAAGUAAGUAACUUUGUGUUUGAAGGAAAGUAAGUAAAUUCUGUUGGAAGGAAGUAAGUAACUUUGUGUUGGAAGGAAAGUAAGUAACUUUGUGUUGGAAGGAAAGUAUUAUCGCCUUCACUUUUUCUCUGUUUUUGGGUAAAACCACGUCUUCCUGAAGACAGUUGACCUUGUCCAUGAAGGACAGUCUCUUCAUCUGGUUUUCUUUACCAAUGUGUUCUGCAGUUGGGAACAGGGUUCUUGCCGGUCCAUCCGUUGGUAACGUUCAACCGUCGCCAGGACUGCCUUUUCCCGCCUGAUAUCGAGUGGUUCUCCGUCUGCCAGGACUGCCUUUUCCCGCCUGAUAUCGAGUGGUUCUCCGUCUGCCAGGACUGCCUUUUCCCGCCUGAUAUCGAGUGGUUCUCCGUCUGCCAGGACUGCCUUUUCCCGCCUGAUAUCGAGUGGUUCUCCGUCUGCCAGGACUGCCUUUUCCCGCCUGAUAUCGAGUGGUUCUCCGUCUGCCAGGACUGCCUUUUCCCGCCUGAUAUCGAGUGGUUCUCCGUCUGCCAGGACUGCCUUUUCCCGCCUGAUAUCGAGUGGUUCUCCGUCUGCCAGGACUUCCACCGCUGCUGUGGGUGUCGUGCGUAUUGCCACCGCAUACAAACCUGAGAGCUCGGUUUUGGAUUCGAUCCAGGUCUCUAGAGCCGUGCGACUCGCAAGGGUCUGGACGGGUAGGCUGUAAUUCAUUGCCCUUCUCACGCUGCUAAGGUAAAGGGACCUUAGCAGUCUUGCGUCAGUGCCCCAAUCAGUGCAGGCGAGCUUCGUCACCAGUCCUAAAUUUUUAGAAGUCUUCGCGCAAAGUUCGCGAAUGUGGUUAUGGAGCUGGAGUUUUGGUCCAACUUUAUGCCCAAUAACACUGGUCUCCAAUUCCAUUGCAACUCCUUACUGUUGAUGGUUAGUUUUGUAUCGACUUGAAGUGCAUUCCUCCCAUUUGUGAACUUAGAGUAAACCGUUGUCUGUAUUAACGGCCAUUUUCCAUCAUCUCGCGUAGGCUUCCAUUCUGUUUAGGUCGUUUUGAAGCCGGUGCAAUGUUUUGACAUCCUUUCCCGAGCUCCAAAUUCUAAUUUCUCUUGCAAGUCGUACACGUAUGCGAGAAACAGGGUGCAGCUGAGAGUGGACCCCUCCGGAAGCCUGUCCUCUAGAACUAGCUGAUCUGAUUGGCUAUUGCCAACCCACGUGGCAACGGUUCUGUUUCUUAGGAAGUUGUCCACCCAUGUUUCCAGAGAUUCCCAGUUUGUGGCAUUUAUCCCUGAGUCCUGUACGCCAUACUCGGUCGUACGCUUGAGGUCAAAGAAAACUGCCACCAUGUGAUUUUUUUUUCUGGAGCUAAUUUUUCAUCGAUUGGACAAGACGGAUCACCUGGUCAAUGGGUUGGCGACCCUUUCAGAACCCACCUGGGGUCGUUGGUAGGCACUUAUUCUUUUCUAAAACCAAUGGAGUUGCCAAUUUAACAUUCUUUCAGCUAUCCUCCCCACACAUGAUGUUAGUGAUAUUGGUCGAUAGCUGCUUGGUAAAUGGCCUGGUUUACCAUCCUUUAGUAUUAGGAUAACUAUGGCUUUCUUCCACUUCUUCGGCAGAAUGUAUGUAGUCCAGGCAAGGUUGAUGACAGCCAGCAAAAUCUUUCUCCCCUGUUUAACCAUGAGGGUCAACAUGUCGUGGUGAACCUUAUCAAGACUUUUGCAUUCGUGUGCAAUUCUUCCAUUGCAAAAAAAGGGGGGGGGGGCGUGCAAAGUUCUUGGUAGGGUACAAUGCGUUGGAUACGAGCUUCCUUUUCCUGAGACGGCCGAUGUUGCGGUGUUCCUCCGUCUCUCCGGCUUUCUCGUUCACUUCAGCGACGAGUUCUUUGAGCGCCUUUGCUCUUUUUGCGUCGCUCACCUCGACGCCUUUUUCGGUAUGGAUUUGUUGUGGGUUCUUCACCUUACCCACGCCAGAGAGAUUUCUGCGUAGUUUUUACACUUUCCUGCCAUCUUGGAGGUCGAGCUUUUCACAUGCACUUACCCAUUUCGAUUUUUUUUGCUUUUUGGACAGCCACCCGAACUUGAGCCGUACGUCUGUUGUAGCGUGCACGAGCAGCAGGUGUCUUCUUUCUCGUGGCUUAUUUUAGGGCUUUCAAUAAUCGCUCUACUCGGUCCCAGCUUGCCCCCCAGCAGUGGAUAUUGAGUGCUUUUUUAAGGUCACCGUGACCUGCUUUAAAUAAUUUAUUGAAAUAGCCAUUGAGUUUUGGGUUUGGUCAGAAGUCUUCCUCUCAUUGUGGAGGAGGCCUUGCGUCACCUCCCCUUGCCCCGUAAAUCUUUCCGACGGGACGUUGACCGUGUGCGGUCGGGUUUUUUGGCUUCGGGUGAUCUGUUCACCUUACUAGUCAGGCGCGCCGUGAAGAGGCAAAACCCUUGCGACGCCGCGGAGUUUCCUCGGCGAUAUAGAGAGGCUCCUCUCCAGUUGGCUGAGCACUAAAUCACUUCAUUUCGAUUUGCACUUAACCUCUUCAGUUGGCUGUGCACUUAACCUCUCAAGUUGGCUGUGCACUUAACCUCUCCAGUUUGCUGUGCACUAAACCACUUCAUUUGGAUUUGCACUUAAUCUCUUCAGUUGGCUGUGCACUUAACCUAUCCAGUUGGCUGUGAACUUACCCUCUCCAGUUGGCUGUGAACUAAGCCACUUCGUUUGAAUGUGCACUUAACCUCUUCAGUUGGGUGCACUCUAAACCCUUACAAAUAAAUAUGCUAUACAGAUGAACGUAACUUUACAUGUUUUUCAUGUCGAUAACUAUAGAUAGUUUUAAUUCACUCAUUUUAGAUACCUUAAUGUAUAUACUAUUCACUAUACUAUAAAUAUUACUAGAUAUAAAUUAAAAGAACUAUCUAAUAAAAAUAAAUUGACAAGAGAUAUCUAUUAUAAAAUAAAUGUAAAAAGCUUAUUUAGAUGGCUCUCAAACUAUUUCGCUGAUAGAGUUGAUCUUUUCCAGGGUACCCGGAUGACGAUUUCAAGAAUCAACCUGACCGCAAACGACUGCCCACCCCCGGGGACAUGGAAGCCCACUACCCACAUACUAUUGACCCCGUGGAAGACCCCUUGACCCCACAAAUGGCCACUGGAGAAUCAGCUAAGAAGAAAUGCAUAGUAAUGUAACUUCAGAUGUUUACAUAAUCCAGAUGAAGGAUAUGACGUCAUAAUAAUAAUAAGACAGAUUUGGAUUAGUUCUGUAACACGCACGAUCAAUUGCUGGGACUGAACCCUAUACACAACUGCUGUAGCACAAACCAACAAUUGCUAGGACUGAACCCAAUACACAACUGCUGCAGCACAAACCAUCAAUAGCUAGCAAUAAAUUCAUUACUCAACUGUUGUAGCACAAACCAACUAAUUUUCGAGCUAGUACUAAACAGUGAAAUACACAAAUUCUCACAAAUUCUUUACCCUCACCCCCACUAAGUGCUACGUCACAACUAAAACAGUUAAAAACAUACAUACAAUUUUCAUAGCUGACCUAAGAUUUUAUUGUAUUGUUUAACACUAAUGAGGACCCGGCAUGCGUUGCAUUGCCACUCUAAGAAAGGAAGGGUUUUUGCUUUAAUCAUGUGUUUUGCAGUACUGUUAAUACUGACAAUAUAUUUUUUUUCUGCAUGGUGCGUAAACGAAUAAAUUUGAAGCAAGAACGUGAGAAGCAAGGAUUUUCAAAAAGUUAGAUUCCAGACAACAAAUUUAGGGGUUAACGGCCCAAUGAGGAAUAUUUUAAAAUGUUUGUAAUUGAAAUGACUCACAAAACUUUUAUGGCAAUCGCAUGAAUGAUACAGGAGCACACAUGCGACAUACAUACAUUCAUUCAUUUAUUUAUUUAUAUAGAUUAAAAAAGCAAUGACUUAUAUCCCUUAAUUUUAACUUUAAGAAUGGCAAUUACAUUAUCAGAUCUGUCACGCGCGGUCAUUAAAUCAAAGAAACUCGAAAAUUUGUCUUCAUAGUCGAUUCGCGCUAUGACGUCAUUUGCGGGUUUAUUUAGAACAAAUUAAUUUUGAUUUUAGUUCGCAAUAUUAACAACGCACUAAACAAAACAUAUUUUUUGGUUUUCCCGAUAAAUGCUACUACGAUGUAAUUCUUUGAUCAUAUUUUUUUAAAAUAAUUUUUUCCAUAAAUUUCAAGCUUGAAAAAAGUCUUGAAAUAGUUUCAUUAUUGUUAGAUUAAAUUUUUUUCUUAUUUAUAAUAAUAAUACUCAAACUUUUAAUAAUAUAAAAGCGGAUAUAUAAUAUUUUUUCGCAUAAAAUUUUAUUCGAUUUCCGUAAAAAAAAAAAAAAAGAAAAUAACUAUGAUCGUUUUUAUGAAUCUGAACGCAUUUAAAUCUUUUCGUUUCUUUGGCGUUACGGUUAGCAUAGCUCAUUAUUAAAUAUGUUUUUCCAUUAUGGUUCAAGUGUACUAAUAUUAGAAGACUGUGGCGUGAACACAAAACAACCAAGUCCUCCCCGAGCCGAAUGUAAAAUGGCCACAUAAGUUUAGCGUCAUUUUUUUCUAUAUGCGCAGAAGGUGUGCGCAACUGAUUUAACGGUACAUCUAAUACAUGAGUCAAUUAUGACCUGAAAUAAAUGUUUUAAAAUUAAUUAAAUAGGGAAUUUUGUGACGUCACAAAUUCUUGACCCCCUCCCCCCACUCGGCUUGACGAAAUUUUCGAACGUACCCUGAAACAAAGUCUAACAUUGGAUUAAUUGUUUCAUGAUAUUGCAUUAGCUUAAUUGUUUUUAAAUUAUCUUUAGAUUGGUUAGUGGUUACCUUUAGUUUACGCAACAUUCCAUAAUGUAUAGAUUGUUUUUUCUUAAG